CUCAGUUCAACGGGGGAGAAAUGAGGCAGUCUUCUCCUUCCCCUUCCAGUGAUCGGCGUCGACAGCUCCGAGCGCCAGGAGGAGGCUUCAAGCCCAUCAAACACGGGAGCCCUGAGUUCUGCGGGAUCCUCGGGGAGCGAGUGGACCCCACCAUCCCGCUGGAAAAGCAAAUAUGGUAUCAUGGGGCAAUCAGUCGGACAGAUGCGGAAAACCUGUUGCGGUUAUGUAAAGAAUGUAGCUAUCUAGUGAGGAAUAGUCAAACCAGCAAGCACGACUAUUCUCUUUCGUUAAAGAGCAACCAAGGGUUUAUGCAUAUGAAGCUGACGAAAACCAAAGAGAAGUACAUUUUAGGCCAGAACAGCCCUCCGUUUGACAGCGUUCCGGAAGUGAUACAUCACUACACUGCGAAAAAGCUCCCGAUCAAAGGAGCGGAACACUUGUCGCUCCUGUACCCUGUGGCUGUCCGGACCUUAUAGUCGCUCUGACCGUGCUCCUUCCUGUGGAUUGGAGACCGUGGAUGAGGGAUGUGGUGGUAGGACGGCUCCUGCAGUGUCCGUAACUGCUUCUCACAAUGGAAGCGCCAACUCCUGCCUGCUCCGCAGCCAGCGGCGGCUGUCAGCAGAAUGAUGGAAGAGUCGUUAAGAACGGAACCCUUGCACAACUUUGCAUGUCCGGCGUGGGACUAGGUUUCUGUUUAUGUGAGAGGCAGUAAGAUUGCGUUCAGAAGCCGAAGAAAUGGAUCAUCUCGAAGGACUCCCCACCCUUCCGUGGAUGGGAAACGUGGCCAGACACAAAGAACGGCCUUCAAAUCUCACCCGCCUCUUCCACGUACCCAAGUGGAAUCUUCAGGCGUACGCAGGGCUCUCGUGGGUGAAAGAGGGCUAAGUGAAAAUUGCCCUUUCAGCACCGGAGAACUGAGAACUAGCUGCGCAUUGUGCAAUCGAAUCCAAAUCUGUGUUGUUUUGUCACGCACAGCUUAAUACGACACAGAGACCAUGUUUGUUUGUUUGUUUGUUUUGGUUGUUUGUUUUUUGUUUACCACAAUGCUGAUGUGAUUUGAAGAUCUUGAGAAGUAAUUUUGCAAUGGCAGAAAAAGUGUUCAGUUAUUUAUGACUAGGGUAUGUACUUUAAAUAGCGGUUUAAUAUAUACAUAUAUAUAUAUUAUAUUAUAUUUUUAUCCCCCACUCCCCCCUUUUUUGGUACAAUAAUAAAGCUGUAAGGGUUUUCUGUGCUAAUUCCUUGAUUAAAGGCAGUGAGUCAGCUCUGUUGUGCGCAUCCAGUGUGAGUGGCAGGUUCUGGGAGGCGCACAGGGGGUGGGAUCUUUAGGGUGAGGGUUGAUAUUUCCAUGGCUGGAUUACAGACCAAACAAGGCUUCUGUGGGGCAGGUUCUUUGGAGUUAAUGCUGGCAUCAUUGCAAAGAGAGGUCCCUGCCAAGUUGUCCAAUAGACUAGACCCAAGGGCCCUUAGCGUCCAAGCAGGGGAAGCCUGUGAUUAACUGCUUCUCUAGCUGAGAGGCACAGUGAAUCAUGUUGCAAAAUGUGGGCUGUUUUCUGUCUUCCUUCGAAGCUCCUGCGUGAGAGGCAGAGGGUGUGUCUUCAUUCUGCACAAAAAUAUGGGUCAUUAUUAUACCUUUGCUGCCUCAUAGCUGCAUCAGAAGAUGCCUUGGCCUUGUUGGUUCAGCCGAAGUUGGCUUCUACCUCAUCUGUUAAAAACAUUAGUUCCUGCCCCUCAAUCCACCUUCAGCUAGGUCCGGUGCAUGUCGUUGGUGACUCCUGAACACGAAAACCGGGUGCACACUGAGAGUCAAACUUGAUGCUACAAAGGAACACAGGGCUGCUGCCAAAAAGGGCAUCCCUGUGUGGUUGUAGCUCAUCCCUUCCUUUAAACUCAAGUCUUUAUGGUGUGUCUUCCCCCAUCAGCAGGAGCCAGUGAGCCAAGUAGAGAACUGCAUCCUGUUAAGCCGUACGAAACGUUAUAGCUGAGAACUCAAGAGAACGUCUGCCAUUUCUGGCGGCAGUCCCGUGUUUCUUGUAGCAUUUAGUUCUGCCUUAACUGACUCCCUAGUAAUUUGGGCUGUUUAACGGGGUUUGAGCCUUGUCCUCGGUAUCACCCCUCUCUGUACCACUGUGUUGUUUUUCCAUUGGUGAACUGAGCUGAGAGUCUGUUAACUUGCAGUUUUCACUCUUCCCAGAUUUGCAGUAAGGCUGUGAAAAUAACCCAUUGUUUUUUAGCUGGGCUGUCAUUCAAAACAUAACCAGCUCCCUUUCGUUUAUGCGCCGAUUUAAAAAAAAUGUUAACGGGGAUAAUCGUUUACCCAGUGUAAAAUAACUGCUUCCUUGUAAUGUUACAAUGUGAAAAAGAGAAGUCCUCAGAUGUUUCUAGUUUAUAAAUAGUACCCAUUUCUGUUGCCUGAUUCGUUUUCACUCUGCACGGACCAGUUUUUAAUCUGGCAUUAAUUUCAAGAUUCUGAUUGACCUGUUUUGAGGACAAAAAGAUGAAAAAAGAAUAAAUCUUUGUAAUACCGUGUGCCGAAUCAGCUGCCACUAAUCAAAUGGAAUGUUGAAAACUAAUUUCUG